CGUGCAACUGCAAGAGAGAAAUAGGAAGGAAAGAUUGGCGUAUGUCACAGAGCUCCUGAUGCCCAGCUGCUUUUCCCAGCCAAACUAAGAAGCUGAAACCAUCCUCAUCACAGCCCAAGUACGGAACAGAGACGAGGGCUGGAGGCCAGGUUGCCCAGAGAAAGUGUGGCUGCCCCAUCCCUGGGGCACAUCCCAGGUGGUCACAAGAAUGCUUUUUGUCCUGCAGAAAAUGCCUCGUGACUGCUGCCUCCAGCUGCCAGCAGUGACCUGGGUGCUGCUGCUGGUGACAACAGCCUUUGCCAUGGAGUGCCCCAAGAUCAAGGUGGGGACGUGCAAGGACUGCAUUCAGUCUGGUCCUGGCUGUGCCUGGUGCAAGAAGCUGAAUUUCACCAAAGCCGGCGAGCCUGACUCCAUCCGCUGUGACACCAUUGAGCAGCUGAAGCAGAGGGGGUGCCCAGGCAGUGAGAUUGAGUUUCCAGGCAGUGAGGUCAAAAGAACACAGGACAAGCCCUUAAGCAGGGAAACACAGCUGACUCCACAGGAGGUGCACCUGAAGCUGAGGAUAGGCCAGCCUGCUGUGUUUGAGGUGAAGUUUCGCCGUGCCAUGGGGUAUCCCAUUGAUCUCUACUACCUCAUGGACCUCUCCUACUCCAUGCUGGAUGACCUGGAGAAUGUGAAGAAGCUGGGAGGGGAGCUGCUCAAGGCGCUGGAGAGCACCACCCCUUCUCGGCGCAUUGGGUUUGGCUCCUUUGUGGACAAGACAGUGCUGCCAUUCGUGAACACGCACCCCGAGAAGCUGCAGAACCCCUGCCCCAAUAAGGACACGAAGUGCCAGCCUCCCUUCGCCUUCAAGCACAUCCUGUCACUGACGGACAACGCCGAGCAGUUUGAGAGCGAAGUGGGGAAGCAGUUCAUCUCAGGGAACCUGGAUGCCCCAGAGGGCGGGCUGGAUGCCAUGAUGCAGGCAGCAGUGUGCGGGGACCAGAUUGGCUGGCGCAACGUGACCCGCUUGCUGGUGUUUGCUACUGAUGACGGCUUCCACUUUGCCGGGGAUGGCAAGCUUGCAGGCAUCCUGACCCCCAAUGAUGGCAAGUGCCACUUGGAGGACAACAUGUACAAAAGGAGCAAUGAGUUUGACUACCCUUCUGUUGGCCAGCUGGUCCAGAAACUUGCCGAAAACAAUAUUCAGCCCAUUUUUGCUGUCACCAGUAGGGUGGUGGAUGUUUACAAGAAACUCAGUGACAUGAUCCCAAAGUCGGCAGUGGGGGAGCUGAAAGAGGACUCCAGCAACAUCAUUGAACUCAUCCAAGUGGCCUACAAUAAUCUCUCGUCGCGGAUCAUCUUGGACCAUUCCACCUUGCUGGACACUCUGGAUGUCAAAUAUGACUCCAAAUGCAAAAAUGACAAGGACUCCACGGAUGAAGCAAGAGGCCAAUGUGACAAUGUCAAGAUCAAUGAAGAGGUCACCUUCAAAGUGAAGGUCACAGCCAAGGCAUGCAUUCCAAACUAUUCCUUCACCAUCCGGCCACUAGGCUUCACAGACACCCUCACUGUCCAUGUGGCCAGCAACUGCGACUGCCACUGCAAUGACAAGCCUGACCCAGCUGCUUGCAAUGGGCAAGGCAUCAUCGAAUGUGGGACCUGCAGCUGCAAUUCAAGAUACACCGGGAAGAACUGCGAGUGCGACACCAAAGGGAAGAGCAGCAAGGAGCUGGAGCGCAGCUGCCGGAGGGACAACAGCUCGGUGAUCUGCUCGGGGCAGGGGGACUGCGUGUGCGGGCAGUGCGUGUGCCACACCAGUGACGUGCCCGGCAAGUACAUCUACGGCACCUACUGCCAGUGUGACAACAUGAACUGCGAGUUCUUCAACGGCUCCCUCUGCGGCGGCCCAGCACGGGGGCAAUGCGACUGUGGGGUGUGCAAGUGCCUGCCUGGAUAUGAGGGCAGCGCCUGCCAGUGCCAGCAAUCCACAGAGAGCUGCCUCAACACCCGCAGACACGUGUGCAGCCUCCGUGGGACCUGCCACUGCAACCGCUGCCAGUGCACGGGAGGGUACCAGCCCCCCUUCUGCCAGGAGUGCCCAGGCUGCCCUUCUCCCUGUGGCAGAUACAUCUCCUGUGUGGAGUGCAAGUACUUCAACAGCGGCCCCUUUGAGAAGAACUGCUCCCAGGCCUGUGCCAACAUCCACCUGCCCGCGACGAACUCAACAGAGGUGAGCACAAAUUAUAGGAAAUGCAGGGAAAAGGAUUCCCAGAACUGCUGGAUGUCCUUCCGUAUGGUCCAAGAGGAUGGCGAAGAGAUAUAUACCGUCAUCGUUGAUCCUGAUAGAGAGUGCCCACAGCCUCCCAACGUCCCACUGAUUGUGGGCAGCACUGUCGCUGGCGUGUUCCUCAUUGGCAUUCUGGUCCUGGUCAUCUGGCGGUUCUUGAUGGAGCUGCUUGACCGUCGGGAAUACCGCCGGUUUGAGAAGGAGAAGACCAAAGCCAAGUGGAAUGAUGCUGAUAAUCCCCUCUUCAAGAGUGCCACCACCACUGUCGUCAACCCCAAGUUUAAUGAAUGAUGCAAUACCUGCCAGCACUGGGAUGCACUGUUAAAUAAGGAAAUGGCAAGCUAAGGAAAGCUCAAACUAAGGAAAUCAAACUAAGGCUCCCACCCCUUCUUUAUCCUCAUGGUUUCGUCCCUUCUUCCAAGAGGCCUCCAUCAUGUCAGGUGCUGGCUGAGGGACUGCACCCAUGCCAGUCUCCUGGCCCAUGCUUGAUGAUCGUGUUAGUGGAGCUGGUGAGGGGAACACCACAGGAACAUGCAGUGGCUCCUGUCCCAUCUCCUGAUGCUAACUUUGCUUUCUGGCAGCAGUCUUGGACACUGAGCCCCAAAGCCAGAUGAGAGCACAGAGCACUUCCAGCUUUAAUUUUGAGCUGGGAUUUCGAAACUGCCAUCUCUCUUCUGCUCCAGCAGGAUCUGCCUCCAGGCUGCUGCAUGCCCUCCCCUGCUGUAUUGGUCUCCACCACUGUGCAAUGUUUUCCAGAGAACUCACUGGUGAGUAGGACAGAAAGGGUCCAAGCAGCUGCUCUAGAGGCUGCAGUGAUAUAAUAGGCCCAAAGGGCUAGUGAGCACCUCUGCCUUGUCAUGAAGAGCAGCUAGAGAAGAUGCACUGGAUCUUAUUCCCAAAUCACCAACUGCUUCCUGACAUCCCUCAGAUCUACCUCGGGCAAGGUUCUGCCUGGGCUUCUGCAUGCUUGGCUUACCUCCAUCAUGCCUUGAAGUCCUCUGCACAGUAAGGAGCCACUGUUUGAUCUAUGAAACUUGAGCUAUGAGCUAUGAGCACUUGGAAAAUGAAGGUUGGAGGUCAGCCAUAGCUUCUUCCACCCCCUGGGGCAUGAUCUUCUCCCUGCUUUGCGAGCGUGUCAGACACACCAGGAGCCAGCUGUGCAAAGCACCUGGCAGUACCCAGAGCAUCUCCAGCUCAGCACUUAUCCCAACCACACACAGCAGCCAGUUGCUCUUGCAUUGUGGGUCAUUCCUGUGAAAUGGUGGUACAAUUCCUGAUUUGCUUUAAGUUUGGGAUUAAUUUGCAUAGAGUUGUAUUGUGUUGCAUCUUUUUCUGCUCUCUGAAGACGUUUAGUGUGAAUAAAGAUUAAUAUAUAAGGUAAA